UGAUCAGGCCAGGGAGGUGUCGCAGAGAGCUUAUGUACAGAUGACUGAUAACGGCCGUUACCCCCUCACCUACUCCAGUUACGAGCAACUGUUCGCCAACUUUCUCAUCGGCCGCACGCCGUAUGGCCCGGGCAGAUACAUCUUUGGCUGCUUUGAGCACGAG